UUUUGAAUCUUUGAAGAGCAAUAAUGUUGCUAUACAAACUAAUGUCUGUGUGUUUACUGGCUAUGGCAUCAGUAAAUGGUGCCAUUGAAUGGAUCCAACAGCCGACCGAUCGGAACGUUACCAUAGGUGGUAACGUGACAUUUCCAUGUGAGAUUAGAUACAAUAACCAGCUAGCUACGUGGUUAACGUGGCGUAAAGAUGGCGCUGUAAUUUUCUUCAAUGGUGAAGUUUGGUUCGGGUUAGGGCUCAAGAUGUCUAGCCGAUAUUCCGUCGACUACGCGGCAUCUGGUAGAAACAACCUACGAAUAACCAACGUACAGCCAGAAGAUGAGUCCUACUUUACUUGUUUUAUUGUCUUUUUUGGCAGUAAGGAAGUUAAAUUAAAUGUAAAUGUUCCACCUAAUCAACCCACUUUUAGCAUUAACUCAACGGAACCAUUCGUCGAGAAUUCUGUGAUAUUAUUGAAUUGUUCAACUGCCGGCGGUAGGCCGACGCCUACUAUUCAGUGGUUUCGUAACAGACAACCCCUUAAUAGUGCUAUAGUCACAUUGUCCAGUAAACCUAUGGGUGUUAUUUCUAGUCGAUUGACAGUGACGUUGACACGAAAUGAUCACCGGGCUUAUUAUUCCUGUGUAGUUUUCAAUGCCGCCAAUCAGCAUAAUCCACAUGUUAGUACGAAGAUGUUAACUGUGAAAUACCCGCCCAGUAAUGCCACUAUACAACCAGUAGCAGCUGUCAAGGAGCGUCAAUCGUUGACCUUGACCUGUGACCUGAGCGAUCCUGGGUAUCCUGCGCCAGAAUUCCGGUGGUGGCGGGCGGACACCCCGGGUAGCGUCAUUCAUAAGUCACCGAACCAGACGUUCACGAUAAACCAAGCACGACUUGCGGAUAACGGGAACUACACAUGUCAGGCGAGCAAUGAUAUUGGCGUUGGAGCACCAAGUGCUGUCACUGUGGAAGUAAACUCUGCUGCAGUGUUUGUUGGAUCGAUUCCGCCUGAUGGUUCGUUGACAGUUCCUAUAACUCAGUCAAACGUCUUUUUAGAACAUCGAAUCGAGGGACGGCCAAUACCUGUUGUGAUAUGGUUCAAAGAUUCCGUGCAUAUCUCUUCGUUAACCAAUCUGUAUUCGGAAAUAACUGAGAGCGAUUACAAUCAGUUUAAAUACACCGUCACGACCAGAAUCAGGUUCAUUGGUUCCGCUCGUGACCAGAACCGCCUACAGAUUGAUGACAUCGGUAACUACACUUGUGUGGUGAGGUCCGCAGCAACGUCCAAACCACAGACGCGGAACAUACGUCUCUCAGUUGAGUUCAAGCCGUUGAUUAAGUCAAAUGCGCGAGUGUCCGCUCAACUUGGGGAGAAGACGACCCUGACUUGCAUAGUCAAUGCAAACCCACCACCAUUUUUCGUCUGGAGCCUAAACGGACAGGUGCUUGCCAACACGUCUGGAAAAGUUCAAUGGCAGGAGUCCACGGGAAUUAUAGCCGAGUACAGAGGCAACCUAGAAAUACAGUUGGUUACCGCUGGGGAUUUCGGACAGUACGACUGUCAAGUCACAAACAAAAAGGGGCAGACCACUGCGUCCGUUCAGUUGUCUAUGAAAUCGGAAAUUUUCUAUGAGGGCAACAGUACUGCAUGGAAAGAUGUCACGUGCAAUAUAGGAGAACCGCAGCUUAAAUAUAGUAACGGAGUUUUCGAGGUUAACGAGACAUUGUCAAAUAGCGAUGACGUUUGGAUUGGUUACAUCUAUGCAAAGGUUCCAUUUUUACUAUUGGGUUGUGCAAGUCUGCAGAGCGAGAAUGCAGAGUAUGUAACAUACAUUGGUGAUUGCUUCACAAUCUGUAAAGGUGGAAAAUUCGGAAUUCAACGGAAAAGUAAUAGGCCGUCAGGUUUGCUGUGCAUCUGCGUCAUGGGAUCGUUGGACACAAAUGAAAUGAGUUGCAAAGUUGGAGACCCCAAUAGCCUUUGCAAUAACUGUUCGGAGAUUUACACCCAAAUAAACGUGAACGCAUCAAAAGUCGUUGUCUCUGGUAAUAAACCCGAUGGAGAUUGUCUGACGUAUUAUUACCCGCAUUUUGAGUGGCAACCAUGUACAAGAACAGAUAACAUACCUUCCAUGUGUAGCAAUGCGACAUAUCCAGACCUUACAGCAACGGCUAGCAUAGAUAAUCAUGGGAGCGUUGAAUGGUCGGUUGGGAAUAAAUUAUGCUUGACAAAUGGACGGCACCCAUCAUUUGAACGCAGCAUAACAAAUUCCGGCUUUGGUGACACUCAAAAACAAUCUUACUGGACUGGACUUUUCAGAGAAAAUAUUCUGAUAAAACUCUCUGUGAAAGACUGCUUUACCCGAUUUUCAACAGACAAUUAUGUUUAUGCGAACAGAAAAAGCGUACUGCUUUGGAUUGCAGACACUAAUGUCACCAAAAGAGCGCUUUGUGUAACAGGAUCUGACAGCACGUCUAGACACCCAGAAACGUCAAAGUAUACCACAGAAGUAACACGCGCAUAUACCGCAUCAACAUAUUUCGAGACCAGUGUGUUCCUACCCGAAGUAAUUCCACCUGACGUUACAUCUACAGAUGGCUCUAACAUCAGAUUGCAAACGCCACAAAUGUGCACGGAAUUUGUUACGGACUAUUCAUAUCCAACCAUAAUCGACGGCAUCAUUGAAGAUAAUAAGCACACAAACUCGGAAAAGACACAUAUCGUAGGAGUAGCGAUCGGUGUUUCUGUCGGUUUCCUGCUGCUUGCUGGAGGAGCCGUAGGCAUUGUUAUGCUCAAAAGAAGAGGAAUAUUGCAUUGCAAUCGGAAAGUAGGGAACAAUACACCGUCAAAAGAUGAAACUGCAUUCAGAGAAAAUAUGACUUACGGUAAAGGCAUUGCGGACAAUGUGGCGAACCAUACUUAUUUUAUCCUAGAGGAAUGUGAGCAAUCUAUUAGCAACAACGCUGAGCAUUGCAAUGAAUCCAAUGAAGAAAAUAUGGAGGAUAAUUAUAAUACAAUACAUGAGACAGAAGAACCCUAUGAACACGUGAAAGAUGAGAGAGAUGACUAUGAUCACACAUCCUAUGCCUUACCAUCAGAGCAUCAUGCCAGAAAACCUGAUAAUGUAUACAAUAAACUCAAGAUAGACCGACUAGGGGACAAUGCCCGUGGACAGAGACACGGACAGAGCGUGGUCCAAAGUUCAGAAGACGACUACGAUACAACGUUAGCAGUAGUGUCACAUGGGAUGGAUGACGAUAGUGACUACAAUCAUAUACCACGCACUGAUGAUUAUAUCAAAGGCGAUCAAGAGGGCAACUACGAUGCCAUUAAUAAUAUGAAGUUCAAAGUCGCCCAAUCAGACAGGUCUGACUAUGAAAACGUUAACAAAGACCGAAUAAAAUAAGAUUACCACAGACAACUUCAAUAAUAUGUUCAAAUAUCGUUUCUUAAAUAUUAUUCAUUCUGUGUGUGUAGAUAUACUUGCAUAUCUUAUAUACUUGGAUAUGUUGCCUGUUGCAGCAGUCGGUUUGAAAACAAAAUACGCGUUUUAAAGAAUCAUAUAUGUUUUAUCGCACAACAAAGUCUAUGCAUGACCAUUGGUUUAUAUAAGGUAACGGUAAAAAAAUAAUCAAAGCCUUGUAAGUAAAAUCUUAUUUUAUGUUGUUGGUGGAGGUCAACGAUUUUACAGAAACAUUAAUUUGAGACAACCGCGUUAUUAAAGUUACUUUUUGCUGGGAGGGGAUGGCAAAAAAACUCGUCCAAAGUUGAUCACUUUGAUCUCUUUCUCCCCGGUCAAAUUUAAGCGAAAUUCAUGGCAUUCAUUUUAGCGUCAAUACAUUAUUGACAGUUGAAUCCGGUGCAAAAUGAAAAGAUCAACAAAGAGUGCGUCGUACUUAUUAAGAGUGUUUCUUAUUUAUUCCAAACUGUUACAAAAGUGUGUGUUGCUUAACCUUAAGGGUUUUUAACCAUUCUGAACGAGUUGUUUCGAACGGUGUUUACAUGGUCGCCAGGAUAAUUGUGACUGUCAGUGGCCUUAGUUUCUGUGUGUUAUCAGUUAUUUCGCCAAUACUUAGUUCUCUCCCUCGGCUUCAAUGUUUCAAAUAGUCAUUUCGCCGUCUUCCACUCCAACACAAGUUACUUUGUUUUGAAUGUUUUAUGUUAAGCUCUGUAUACAAAACAAUAUUCGUAAAAACAAAUGAAUUUACAUUUUGUUUGAAAUAUGUCUUGCCCGCAGUAAUUCUCCCCUUUCUGCCUUUUAGAAAUACCGAUCUAUAAAAUCGGCGCGGCAACUUUGAGAAUAACUUUUUGAAAAAAAUUAUCGAAUAAAAUUGUCAACACUAAAUUUAUCCAUACAGGGUGAAAUUAUUGUGUAAAUUAAUUUACACUCAAUGGCAAAACAAAAAAAAGUUGUCAACAAUAUUAGUAUCAAAAAUCUGGACUUAUGCCUUUUUUUAAAUGAAAAGUAUUUA